GGAUCUUAAUAAGACUGGAAGGAUGCAGCCAUCCUGUUGUUAUGAAAGGGCUGUGCGCAGAAUGCGGCCAGGACUUGACUCAGUUACGAAGCAAGAAUGGAAAACAGAAUGUGCCAUUAUCCACAGCAACUGUGUCUAUGGUUCACAGUGUCCCAGAACUGAAAGUUAGCUCAGAGCAAGCUGAGCAGCUAGGAAGGGAAGAUCAGCAGCGACUACACAGAAAUCGGAAACUGGUGCUCAUGGUAGAUUUGGACCAGACCCUGAUCCAUACUACUGAACAGCACUGCCAACAAAUGUCUAACAAGGGAAUAUUUCAUUUCCAGUUGAGUCGGGGUGAGCCUAUGCUGCACACUCGUUUGCGUCCUCACUGCAAGGAAUUCCUGGAAAAAAUUGCCAAGCUCUAUGAAUUGCAUGUUUUUACCUUUGGCAGCAGACUCUAUGCACAUACAAUUGCAGGAUUUUUGGAUCCUGAAAAGAAGCUUUUUUCUCAUCGGAUAUUGUCAAGAGAUGAAUGUAUUGAUCCAUUUUCUAAAACCGGGAAUCUUAGAGAUCUCUUCCCAUGUGGAGAUUCCAUGGUUUGUAUCAUUGAUGACAGAGAGGAUGUUUGGAAGUUUGCACCCAAUUUGAUAACUGUGAAGAAAUACGUGUACUUUCAGGGGAUAGGAGAUAUUAAUGCACCUCCUGGAUCAAGGGAAAUUCAAAUGAAGAAGAAAGUAAACCACUCAGCAAAACCAGAGGCACUGGAUUCAACAGUGACAUCAGCAAAAGAUGCUGAAGAAAUAAAGAAUGUUACAUGUAUAGAAGAACAAAGCAAUGGUCUCAAAGCUACAAAGGACACUUGCACUACUAAUGGUAGUACUUCUGCAAGCAGUGAAAUAUCUGACUGGGAUUUGAAUUCCAGUGGCCAAUCUAAUGCCAAGGACUCCUUGAAUGAUAGCAGUGAUUGCAAAACAGAGAGCGCAGUUGCUAACGAGUUGACAAGUGCGAAGGAAUCUGAGAUUUCUUCGGAACAAAAUGAUAAGACAGUCUUGGAGAAGCAGGAAAUCCAAGAAAAGGUAACAAAUGACUUGGACUUUGAGCUGUCUAGUGACAGUGAAAGUGAUGGUGGAGUGGAUGCCAGAAAGUCAUCCACUUCUGUAUCAGACAGUGAAAAUGAGGAAAAGAGAAGCUGGAAAAAAUCAAAACAACCUCUGCAGGUUGAAAAUUUACAGCAAGGGAGUUGCACUGAUGCAAGUGAAAAAAAGGAUGAUCAGGUGAACCAUUCUGAGGACACAAAAUCUCUACCUAGUGGAAAUACUCAUGACAAAUCUGUUGAUCUUGAAGCACAAGAAGAAAGCGAACAGGAAAGCCUCUGUGAUUUAGGAAAUGGGUGUUCAGACAAGAAGGAAGCUGAAACAGAGUCCCAGAUUAGUGAGCAGUCUGGAUUUACAAUGGGUGAGUCCUUAGACCAGAGUAUGGAGGAAGAAGAGGAGGAGGAUGAUACAGAUGAUGAUGACCAUCUAAUAUACCUUGAAGAAAUCCUUGUUCGGGUUCACACUGAUUAUUAUACAAAGUAUGAUAAGUACCUGAAAAAGGAGAUUGAGGAAAUUCCAGACAUCAGAAAAAUAGUGCCAGAACUGAAAAGUAAGGUGUUGGCAGAUGUAACCAUAAUAUUUAGUGGACUCUACCCAACGAAUUUUCCCAUUGAGAAAACACGGGAGCACUAUCAUGCAACAGCCCUUGGAGCUAAAAUUGUGAAGAACCUGGUACUAAGUGCUGAUGAUCCUGACAAAGCAACCCAUCUUAUUGCAGCAAGGACAGGCACAGAAAAAGUAAGACAAGCUCAGGACUGUAAAGACCUCCAUGUGGUAAAUCCUGACUGGCUCUGGAGCUGCUUGGAGCGGUGGGACAAGGUUGAGGAACAGCUUUUUCCCUUGAAGGAUGACUACAACAAAACACACAGAGAGAACAGCCCUGCCACAUUCCCUGAUGCGCACAGCACGUUCCCGACUGCUCUGUUCCACCCAACGCCCAUCCACCCCAGGUCUCAGCCCGGCCCUGAAGUUCGCCUCUAUGACCCCAACACUGGCAAGCUGAUCCGGAAAGGCUCGCCGCCCCCCGGCCAGGCCAUGUACAUCCAGGCUCCAGCUCCACCCCUCACCUUGCCAGUCCACGGGGAACACUCCUCCUUCAGAGUUGUUCAACCACAUCAGCAGCAGAUGUUUGAAGAAGAAGAAGAGUUACCAGCAAAUGAGAACGAAGAGCAGCCAGGCCCAUCUAAGCGGAAACGCCAGCCAAGUAUGUCUGAGACUAUGCCCCUGUACACCCUAUGUAAAGAGGAUUUAGAGAGUAUGGAUAAAGAGGCCGAGGAGACCACCCUGUGCGGGCUGCGCCAGGGCAGCCCUGUGGCUGCUGCCUUCCCCAAGCGAUGGGUGCGUUCACAGAGCAGCGGCGCGAUGCUGCUAGUAGCUUGGGAUUUCAGUGCCUCCUGUGGUGGUGCCCUUGUGAAAGCAGAAUCUGUG